AUGUUAUUACCCAGCGAUCAUGAUUUUACUAAUCUCGUAGUUCUGCAUUGUAACACUGAAGUUAUGCAUAAUGGCGUUCGGGAAACUGUAACUCAAGUUAGAUCGAGAUAUUGGAUCGUACGAGGGCGACAAGUAGUGAAGAAGAUUAUCGCUCGAUGUUUAACGUACAAACCAUUAGAGGGCAAAUCUUACGAAGUGCCGCCAGCACCUCCCUUGUCAGAAUACCGUUUAGAUAACGACGUUGCCUUUUCAAGAGUAGGAGUUGACUAUGCUGGCCCAUUAUUCGUGAAGAACAUAUAUUCUAAGGACAGUAAAAUGUAUAAAGCGUACAUUGUACUCUACACAUGUGCGUCGAGUCGCGCAGUUUAUUUAGAUCUCGCCGUUGAUGCAACUAGUGAAACAUUUAUUCGUAGUUUCAAGAGGUUUAUGAGUCGCAGAGGAAUACCAGCAACAAUGAUUUCGGACAAUGGCAAGACAUUUAAGUAG